GAAAUACCAGUCUACUGUAUUAUUGCAAACAUUUAAAAUGCUUGAUGUCUAUGGAGAUUCUCAAUCAUCCAGAUCAUGGUUAUCCCAAAGGUCUUUCUUUUCUCAUCUAAGAAGCUUCUUCAAUUCUGACUGAAGGGUGGGGAAAGGAAUGCUUUACAAAGUGCAGAUACUUUAAAAAUGCUUUCAUGAGUAAAAUAAAUCCAUGUACUUCCCUCUAAUUGCUGCCUUUUUCAUUCUUAAUCUUAUAAUUAUUUUCAUUAUCAAAACAGUAACACGUUUGAACUUCUAUCUAUUCAUAUAGAUGGAAGAAUUAUACUGUGAAGGAAACAAUACAAGGGUUUCCUCUUAACUUAAAGAGAUGUUUUACUCUCUAACUGGAAGUUCCUGAACUUCCUGCUUGGAACUCAGGCUACUAUUGUACCUUUGAGAUGCCAAACCUGUUUUUUCAUGUGUUGAAAAAAUACUGUUUGACAUUCUUUAAAGACGUUUACAUAACUCAGACAUAUUCAUUUUAAUUUAACAUUGCAACUAGAAAGCACUGUGGAUUUUCAAACAUUUUGAAUUCCAAGGGUGCUUUUCCAAAAGGCAACUGGACUUUCUUUGUUUGUUUUUUCCUUGAAAACGUUUCUCCUCUCAUCCAAGAAGCUUCUUCAGUUCUGACUAAAUGGUGGGGAAUGGAACAAUUUAUAUUCUUGCAGUCAUCUGAAUAUAAAUCCUCCCAGUUUCUUUGCUGAUGGCACUCCCUUGAGUGAGCUCUCCUGGUCCUCCUCUCUGGUGGUGGUGGCCGUUUCCUUUUCAGGACUCUUCACCUUCAUCUUCCUCAUGUUGGCCUGUCUGUGCUGCAAGAAAGGGGGCAUUGGCUUCAAGAGCUGGAGAAGCGAAUCCCGGGAGAAGAGGCUGAGGAUGGUUUUGAGGUAUCUGCCCUGCACGGGGGCCAGCACAAUGCCCAAAACAGCCUGUAAUGUAGAACUGGGGAACCCUGGGCAGCCCUCCCCCUGCCCCCUGACCAAGGAAUUCAGUAAUGCUGACGGGGAGGAAUAUCCUAGUGAAUUCUCAGCUCAAGGCUCACCAGCCACACAGAAUGGCCCUGAAGUUUAUAUUCUGCCUCUCACCGAAGUAUCUUUGCCAAUGUCUAGGCAACCUGGGCGCUCAGUGCAGUUGCUCAAAUCCACUGACCUGGGACGCCACAGUCUGCUGUACCUCAAAGAAAUUGGCCAUGGAUGGUUUGGCAAGGUGUUCCUCGGUGAGGUAAAUGCAGGGUUGAGCAGUACUCAGGUGGUGGUAAAAGAGCUUAAGGCCAGUGCGAGCGUGCAGGAUCAAAUGCAAUUCUUGGAAGAGGCACAGCCUUACAGGGCACUCCAGCAUACCAAUCUCCUACAGUGCCUGGCUCAGUGUGCGGAGGUGACACCCUAUCUGCUGGUGAUGGAAUUUUGCCCAUUGGGUGACCUAAAGGGCUACCUACGAAGCUGCCACACUGCAGAGGCUCUGGCACCUGAUCCUUUGACGCUGCAGCGCAUGGCCUGCGAGGUAUCCUGUGGCUUGCUGCAUCUUCAUCGCAACAGCUAUGUCCAUAGUGACUUGGCCUUGAGGAACUGCUUACUCACAGCUGACCUUACCGUCAAAAUUGGUGACUAUGGCCUUUCUCACUGCAAAUACAAAUGUUUGGAAGCUUCAACUUUGGACCAGGAACGAGGGGGCAGGUGGCAUUGUGGCUGGUUUGAUGGAUGUGCUCUCCCUUUGGCCCUGCAUGCCUGGCAGGAUGACUACUUUGUGACCGCCGACCAACUAUGGGUUCCAUUACGCUGGGUAGCCCCCGAAUUGAUUGAUGAAGUCCACGGCAACCUGCUGAUCGUCGACCAGACUAAGACUAGCAACAUCUGGUCUUUGGGUGUGACUAUCUGGGAGCUGUUUGAGCUGGGAGGCCAGCCCUACUGCCAUUAUUCUGAUCGGCAAGUCCUCACUUACGCUAUCAAAGAGCAGCAGCUUAAACUUCCCAAACCACAGCUUCCACUCUCGCUAUCUGAUCGCUGGUAUGAGGUGAUGCAGUUUUGCUGGCUUCAGCCAGAGCAGCGCCCCACCGCAGAGGAGGUGCAUCUUCUGCUCUCCUACCUCUGUGCCAAGGGGGCUUCCGAAGUGGAGGAGGAGUUUGAGAGGCGCUGGAACUCCAUGAAACCCGGAGGCACCGGUGGUUCAGGUUCUGGCUCCAAUCACAUGGGUUUGGAGCUUUCUUCCUUCCCUCUUCUGGAGCAUUUCUCCAACGAUGGUGAUGAUGUUCUCACUGUGAUGGAGACAAGCCAUGGCCUCAACUUUGAAUACAAGUGGGACCAAGGGAAAGCGGAACAUCUCCCAGCCUCAGCUAUGAGCCCUGGUGGGGCUGCACGCUAUCAUGAUCUCUACUAUUCAGCUAGCAGCAGCAGUGGAGGUGGGGGCGGGCACCUCAGCCUGGGGGUGUCCCCCUCUUGCUAUGAUUGUAAAAUGCAGGGGUGCCCUGGUUUGCACACACCGGGGGUAGUCCCUGUGCUGAGUGCCCAUAGCCCCUCUCUGAACAGCGAGUACUAUAUUCGCAUUGAAGAGGUGGCAUCUGAAGGCAGUGGGAAUGACCUUGAUUAUACCGUGUGUUCCUACAGCCCUGAGUUUAGCCAUUCUUCACACUGGCAAAUUAAGGAGGACCACUAUGAAUCCAGCAAUAGUCCCACCAUCUCACUCACCAUGGACCCCCUCCUGGGUCAAUCGGCACACACUGAAAGCCACUGGGACCCCUCUGAUUAUUACUCCUAUGGAGAACAAGACAAUAAAGAGGCCCCGUACUAUGAGGAGUCCCUGAAGGAUAGCGCUGAGGACUACCUGCUCAAAGAUCCCAAUGCUUCUGAGUGGCCUGGUCUAGCUUUGCAGAAAACCAUUUUUGCUGAUCCACUGGGUGUGUCACCAUCAGUGAAUUACACUUGUAAGGAGACUAUAUCGGACUCAGUCAUUCUGGAAGUAGCAGAGGAGGAGCGCUUGUGUGAUAGUCCUAAAAGUGAACGAAAUGAAAAUUCUGAAUCUCCAUCUUCAGGCAAACAUUGGACAUCCAACACCUCAGCCAAAAAUGAUAGUGAUCACCUACUGCCAUCAUGUGAACCACUUGACAAAGAUAGCUGGUGUUACCGGCAUAUGAUCACCUUCCAGGGGCUAAUGGCACAGCCACUGUGCACGGUACCACGGGAUGAGCCAACGUUAGGGAUCAAAGAUCUGCGAGCAGCUCUGCUAGGUGGGGAACACUUGUCAUCAUCUCACAUAGGCUCCCCAUGUCCAGACAGUGAUUUGCCUGCAGAGGAAAAUGUAUCAAUUGAAAGUGCUGCUACAUUGUCUGGUGUAGAAAGCUGUACCGAUCCGUUGAUAGACAGCAGAGUGGAGAGCCCAGAAGCCACCACUCCACCAUCAGGGGAAGCAGUUUUGAUGGGGCUGUCAUCAACAUCAUCACUGUUAUCUUCCAAGGAAGAAACUGCCAGCAGCAUGGAGGCUAUAGAUCCAAUUCUGCUGGAUGAAUCAAUAGCUGAGGUGUCAAACAUAGAAGAAGACCCUAUGGAAGAGACCUCCAUUGGAUGCUCACCUAAAUUGCCACAGGAGAUCAAUAUAGAAAGUGGCAAGAACACCAGUAGUGAACAAGAUAGAACUCCAGACAAGACUGUUUCCAGUACCAGUUUCCCUGACUUGGAUGAGGCCAGUGAUGAGGACUCAGCUGAUCUUACAUCUGGUGUUUUUAUUGACUUCCCAGUUGACUGUCUUGAGCAACAAGAUAUAAUCCCCACUUUCAAAACCUUACAGAAACAAGUAGGGACUCCAGAUUCACUAGAUUCAUUGGAAAUCCCCUCUACCACCAGCUCCUGUGAUACAUUCAGCCCCAUAGCUUAUAUAUCCUCAAACCAGCCUAAGGCUCUGGAUAGUGGCUAUGAUACAGAGAACUAUGAGUCACCUGAAUUUGUCCUCAGGGAACCUCAUGAGUCACGGGAAUCUGAAGGAUCUGAUAAGCUGGGAACAUCUGAAGAUGAUAAGGAUGAUCAAGUCGAAGAGCAGAGUCUUUCUGAUUCUUUUACAGCUGAGCUGCAGGCCUUGAAUGAGAAGAAUCCUUACCGUGACUCUGCCUAUUUCUCUGACUAUGAUACUGAAGGUGGAACCCGGGAAGAUGGGGAAGAGGACAGUGAUGCUUCUGAGGAACAUGAACUGGAGGUCUCCCAGUCACACACUGAAGAACUAAACGAAAACUCUGAACAAAUUGGCAGGACAGAUGAGCCUCUGCCAGCUGGUCUUGAGCCCAUUUGUCCACAUGAAGACUGUGGGGGUUGCAUCUCUCCAGGAACAGAGGACCAGGGCAUGGGGAAAGACAGAGAUAUUAACUUGUCACAGGAACUGUUGAAUGAAGCAACUGUUGAUGAGUUCGAUUCAAACUUCAUUCAGGAUAAGAAUAAUGGGAUCGUCGUGCAAUCGCAGACACCAACUCCCACCACCAGAUCUUUCGUCUUGUCUCUUGUGGUCACCAGUCCAGAGGAACCCACUAUAGGUGGUGAAGGAAAUGAGGUAAAGGAUUCAGGACAGGAGAAUGUGACAAAGAACACUGAACAACCUGAGGAAAGACGGGCAAUUGGCCAUCCUAAGGAAUCUCAAAGCAAUGUUGGGCUAUCACUGGAACUGUCAGGGGUACCAUCCCAGCUCUCAUGUAGACCCACUGAUCUUGAAGAGGAAGAAGAUGAUACUGAGGACAGUGAUGAGUCUGAUGAGGAGCUGCGGUGCUACAACAUUCAGGACCAGAGUGAGGAAAGUGAGGAGGAAUCACCUGCUGUGCCCAUUGUGGUGGCUGAGAGCCACAGUGCCCGUAACCUGCGCAGCCUGCUUAAGAUGCCCAAUCUAGUGGUGGAGACCUUUUGUGAUGACCUUGAGCGCAAGAAGAAAGCUGUUUCCUUCACCGAAGAUGUUACUGUCUACCUCUUUGACCAGGAAAGCCCCACAAAGGAACUUGCAGAACAUCCUUUCCCAGGAGUAACAGAAACUUCGCCAACGCCACCUGGGCAGGUGGAGAGCAAAGGUUCCCCAGGCUUAGCAGAUGGGAUACAUUCACCCAACAGCAGCUCAGAAGGGAGCUCCUCUGAAGAGAAUAAAAUUGGUGGCUUUGGAUGGGAGGAUGACUUUUCCCUCAUACCUGUGAAAUCACCUGUCCUGCCAUCAAUGACUUCAGAAGCAGCUGAGGACAGUCUCUCCAGACUGUCACCCACGCUAGUAUCUGCUCAGAAGCAAGUGCUGCCCAUCCAGUUUUCACGCUUCACAGUCUCCCCUGCUGCAGUAUCACGGUUCUCCAUCACACAUGUCACUGACUCAGAGGUCGAGCCGGUAGGAGGCAACAGCGAAAAUGGCAACAGAGAGUGAACUUGGCUAUCUCUCCCUUUUGGACUUCCUACCUACUUUGCCCCCAUGGCACAGUUACUGCACCAGGGGACAUGAGCACGGAUAAGGCCCAGGAGCUGGCUGGAGCAGAACUCAUUCAGGGCCUCAUUCCGAUUUUAUUGGACAGAUUUUGACUGCUGCUGGGCUGGGGCCACCCUACCAUGAGGUGGUUUGCGAUGGUUGUGCAAACAUGAGUGUGUGUUUGCGCGUGCGCACACACCCAAGAAAGUGUUUGUGUACAAAUAGACAUAUAUAGACAUAUAGAACCUAUAGCAUUUAAAGGGUAGAUCUGUGACCUUGCUAACAUUGCCACAUAAGCCAUUGUAAUACUCCUAGCUCAUGCCUCUUGAUGUUCUGACCCACACUGACUUCCCCAGUUGGGGUACUGCCCUGAGACCUCCUCUCCCUGCCUGUUCUGUGAGCUUAUCGUGUCUUCUUUCCACACCCCAUAGGGGAUAUUGAGAGAGCACGUAGCCUUGCGCUUUGUGCCAUUCUGACAUGCUUCAGGGGGGCCCUCAAGCACUGGUACUUGUGUCUUGCCACAGGGGGCAAGCUCUCCUUGUCCUUUCUUCAGUGUGCUGUGUCUGAAUAUCAAGUGGAGUUGAUGGUCCAGCGGACACAAUUAGUGGAAGAGCUAGAGACAAGUGUAGGCCAAACACCUGAAACAGGUAAGGGAGCCAGCUAAAGUGAAGAUCACAUUUAAUGUUUUGAGCAGGGAAGACUCCUGGUCUCAGCAACCAUUCCCCCUUUUUGCUUAUGUUUUUCAUUGACUCUGGGUUGCGGUCGCUCUGUUU